AUGGCGCCACCGACAGGGCCUUUGAAUUUGGAUGUUGAAGCAAUAUCUGGGAUUUGCGGAUCAAUAUCGAUCGCGUGCUGGGUCGUCGUCUUCUCACCCCAGAUCGUCGAGAACUUCCGCCGCGGUAGUGCAGAUGGUCUGUCACUACAGUUCAUCAUCAUCUGGCUACUCGGUGAUGUUUUCAACAUCCUGGGGGGCGUAUUGCAGGGUGUCCUGCCGACGAUGAUCAUACUGGCCAUCUACUACACGAUAGCCGACGUCGUUCUUCUGGGCCAGUGCUUCUACUACAGAGGCUUCACAUGGCGCGACGAGGUUGUUUCCAGUUCGGCCCAGACACCCAAGCCUGCGGAUGGUGGUGUCUUGAAUGGAAAUGGUAGCAACCACCACAGCCAGCAGCCCAACGAACGCACUGCUCUGCUUGCAAACAGCACGAGCACAGGCCAACAAAACGCGUCAAGCCGUCGCGGUUCCUGGUCUGACCAAUCGUACCACCUAUCGCCGGCUGUCCCGCUGAUCGACGAUGCCGUACUUGCCCGGGACGCUCUGGCCGCGUCUGUCGCUUCACCUCCGGCCAACCGAGCAGCUCCCGAUAACCGUCCAAGUCGGUUGCAGGCCAUAGCUUUCAAUUCCUUCGCCGUGUUGAUGGUGUGCGCAUCAGGGGUGGCGGGGUGGUACCUUAGCAGGUCGCGAUCGGACCCAGAGGCACCCAGUAAGGGUGAUGAUGACUUGCUCGAGUUUAACGUUCUCGGCCAAGUCUUUGGUUGGCUAUGCGCUGUUCUCUAUCUCGGCUCGCGCGUGCCACAGAUCCUGCUCAACUACAGACGCAAGUCCACCGAGGGGGUCAGCAUGCUCUUCUUCCUGUUCGCCUGCCUCGGUAACCUGACCUACGUCCUCUCCAUCUUUGCCUUCGAGCCGCACUGCAGAGACACACACGCAGACAUUGGGCCACACUCCGGGGCCUGUGUAGGAGGCGAGGCUGGAAGGAUAUAUGGACAGUACAUACUCGUGAAUCUGUCAUGGCUCGCCGGUAGUCUUGGCACGCUACUCCUCGACAUGGGCAUCUUUGUGCAAUUCUUCAUUUACAAUAAGGACGAUGGCGAGGAGUUUUUCGCCGACUGCGACGCCGAGGGAAGCCGACGCCCCUACUCGCCAUCGACUGUCGCCAUCGAGGAGGACGACGAUGAGGAAAGCAUAGAUGGGGAUCGCUGGGAUCCACGGCCCCUUCUCGAUCGAAGCGUGUCCAACUCGCCGCGUUGA